AGCUACACUACACUGAAAAAACCAUUUGCAUUGAUCAGAAUUCCUCCGCCUACAAUCCAGUGACCAGGUUCAUCCAGCUUUGAACUGUAACACUUUCAAUGGAGCAAUGGGUACGGAGCUUAAGCGAUAAACCCCUUUCUUCAAAAACCCUAGCUUCACUCAGAUCACUCGUAAUUAAUCCUCACACCUCUGAUUCCACACUCCCUGCAGUCCUCCAAACUCUUGCUCACUCUCUCACACUCAGCCACGAUUCUGUCCUUCUCCACCAGGUUCUCAAGCUCCUCACUGACCUCUCCUCUCGCUGUCCCGACCUCUCUCCGCUCAUCUUGGACCUGCUCCGUUCAAUCUCGCUUUCCUCUGGUUCAACUCGCGGAGCAGCCGAGUUGCUCUCCACGCUUGCGUCAAUUUCCGAACAAAACUCUUUCGCGGUUCCCAAUCUUAAAGACAUCGACGAUGAGUUAUAUGUCUCGCUCUGCUUCGGACAACGCGUGUCCGUACGGAUAUGGCUUCUGAGAAAUGCGGAGAAGUUCCGUAUUCGGUCGUCUUUGUUAUUCACAGUGUUUUUGGGGUUUACAAGCGACCCGUAUCCAUAUGUGAGAGAAGCGGCUUUAGAUGGAUUGGUUGGUUUAUCUAAGACCGGUGAAUUUGAAAGUCUUGAUGCAAUUGAGGGAUGUUAUUGCCGUGCUGUUGAACUUCUCAAGGACACGGAAGAUUGCGUCAGAUCAGCUGCAGUUCGUGCAGUUUGUGAAUGGGGACAAAUGUUAGUGGCAUGUGACCACAAGAACAACAGAAGAAAACGAUCUGAUGCUGUAUUUUUACAGAUUUGCACAAUGGUAAGAGAUAUGAGUACGGGGGUCAAAGUUGAGGCUUUUGAUGCACUUGGGAAGAUAGCAAUUGUAUCUGAGGCUGUAUUGUUACAAACCCUGUCUAAGAAGGUUAUUGGAAUCAUAAAUGCAAAAAACAAUCAUGCUCAGUGCACUGCUGAAUCUCUCGAAAUUCCAGUUGCAGGUGCUGCUGGGGCUUUUGUCCAUGGGCUUGAGGAUGAAUUUUACGAGGUACGAAAGUCAGCCAUUUCCUCUUUGCGUGCGCUCAUAGACCUGUCUGCCAAGUUUGCUGGUGAAGCCUUAAACCUGUUGAUGGACUUGCUAAACGAUCCCUCUAUGGCUGUCAGAUUAGAAACUUUAGAGACGUUGCAUCAUAUGGCAAUCUGCGGGCACUUUAAAGUGCAAGAGAUGCACAUGCAUGCUAUUCUUGGUUCAUUAAUUGACAAGAGCCGAAAGAUACGAUCUGAAAUGAGGAAAAUACUUAAAUUGGUGAAGCUGACUGAUUUGAAGUUGUUUAAACAGUGUAUCAGCAGUCUUCUUGAAUGUUUGGAGAAGUACCCACAGGAUGAAGCUGAUAUCCUUGCUGUUUUGUUUCAUAUUGGUCAAAGUCAUGGGAACUUCACGAGCUACAUAAUUAAGACGGCCACUCAAGAGAUAGAUCUGGAUUCUAGAGAUAAAUUGGACUUGAAUGAUGCUAGAAAAGCCGCAUAUCUAGUUCUAAUUAUCUCAGUCCCCCUCUCAGACAAACAGAAUGUUCCUUGUAUCGCACCUCAACUAUUUUCUUAUGCUAUUACAAUGCUGGGGAGGAUAUCUCAUUCUCUGCACGAUGUCAUGGACCAAAAAACCCUUUUGGCUUUUUUAUCUCACUGCUAUAGAUUAUACAGUUCCUCUGGCUUGGAAUCCAAUGAGAAGGAGCCAUUUUUGCAUGUGUGUCAAAAAGAUACUCCAAAUUUUGCCACUGCCAGGAUUAGGAAUCUUGCUAGAAUGUCCUCAGAACAAACAAGUGAUGAGACCUCCGAAAUUCAGUCUCAGAUUCGCGGCAAACCAAGUGAGCCAGUGACUUCAGAUGUAGAAUCCCACUUGGAGGAGCCUGAUGAAGUAAAGACAUCUAUGAAUCUUAUUUCCAAAAAGAUUAAGUUUAUCUGGUCAUUGGUGAAAUCAGGAUGCACAAAAGAAGCAUUGACAGCUCUGAGGGCCUGCAAAGAAGAAGUUUCUUUGUUUGCCAUUGGAUCACCUCAGCCUGUCAGUGUUUUAGCAUUUAUGCUGCUAUAUCUCCAAGUAAUAAAAUAUCUAGCUAGGGUAUGGGAGCACUUCGUACCUACAAGAAAGCGGCAUUCUUAUGAAAUUGGAGAAGUGGACCUUUUAUUGGGAAAGUUAGAAAGCAGACUCAGAGAGCUAAAGUGUAGGUUUGUAGGGUUAUCUAAAGAAGAGAAGUUGCAAAUUCUGGACCUGAUAAUAUUGAGUUGUUUACUAAGGUUGUCAAAAGUUGAAAUUUGCUGCUAUCUCACUACUAUGAAAAGGCUGUCUUCUGCAAUUUCACAAGCAGAAUUUCUUCACAAGGAAGGAUGCACUGGACAGUCCAAAUUCUUCUUGGAAAUUAAAAGCUCAUUACAUGAAAUUGGCACAAGUUACUGCUGCCCAUUUCUGCUUAAAAAGUUGCUCGAUCACUUCUCCCUUGAGCAGUUUGUGCUGUGCAGGAAUCUUAGGCACAUACAUGCCGAGCUAGAGGUUCCUGAUAAUGACUCUGAAAAUCCGCUCUUUUUCGUCUCGGGACUACCAGUUGCUAUACCAUGUGAAAUCACACUGCAUAAUAUUUCAAAUGAGGGUAGGUUGUGGCUGAGAAUAACUAUUGGUGAGGAAUCGAUUCAGUUUGUAUUUUUGAAUUUGAACCUAAAUGAAGGUUCUGAGGAGGUCAGGAAGUUUACUUUCAUUGCACCAGUUUACAUAACCCCAAAAGCAGUUUCUUUCACAUUAAUUGCUUCUAUAGCCAUGGAAUGUUUGUUGGAGGAUGCUGAUACAAUCAGAAGCUGCCCGGGUCCAAAACAUGCACUGACAUACCUUUGUCGAGAAAAAGAAAUUUAUCUUUCUGCGGUUUCAAAAGACUAAAGGUCUUUUCUUUUUCUCUCCUGGUGUUUCCUCCUCUGUAGCCACAGUUCUUAUGGUGACAUACCCACAUUUGUUUUUUCAUGAAUGCUCCAUGUUUAUGAUUGAAUCCUUGUACAGCUGUAACAUUUGCAAGUUACGUAUAAAUUAUUUGACAACAAAAGGAAAUGUAUAUAAAUUAUUUUGAGGAUUGUGGUUUAGAUUUAUGUGA